CGUCCACGAACAACUCGGCGCCUCUCCUGACCGAGACGGAAAAGGCGCAGGUGGACGCGAAUAACAGUCCUUCCAAGGCUGAGGAGGGUGGUGCUGCCGCCGCAUCAGCCGCUUAUGCUGCGGACUCGAGUUCGCCGCGUGAUGGGAACAAGCACGCGCAGGGGGGAAGAUGGAGAAGAAGAAGCAUGUUUAAGCGGCCCGUGUGCUGGCUGCUCGCGCUCCUUGCGCUCGCGGUGCUCGUUAUCGUCAUCGUCGUCCCGGUGUACUUCAAAGUCGUCAAGCCCAAGAAGAACGCAGCAGCAGCUGUGAACCCCGAGUCGCCCGUGGGCGCGACGACGGGCGGGGACGGGUCGGUGGUGGUUAUGGCGAACGGGACGAGUUUCACGUAUCAGAAUUCGUUUGGGGGGUUCUGGGUGGAAGAUCCGACUGACCCGUUCAACAACGACGCGCAGCCCAACUCGUGGACGCCCCCGCUGAACACGUCCUGGACGUGGGGCAAGGACAGGAUCAACGGGGUCAACCUCGGCGGCCUGUUCGUCCUCGAGCCGUUCAUCGUGCCUUCGCUCUUCCAGAAAUACAACGGCUCCGUCGACGAAUGGACACUCAGCACGCUCAUGGCGCAGGACACGGCGAGCGGGGGGCUGAGCCAGCUCGAGGACCACUAUAACACGUUCAUUACCGAGCAAGACAUCGCGGAGAUUGCUGGUGCCGGGCUGAACUGGAUACGGGUGCCGAUUCCGUUCUGGGCGAUUGAGAAGUGGGAUUUUGAGCCGUUCCUUGAGAAGGUGUGCUGGCCGUACAUCCUGCGUGUGCUCCAGUGGGCGCGCAAGUAUGGUCUGCGGGUCGACCUCGAUCUGCAUACCAUCCCUGGGUCGCAGAAUGGCUACAACCACUCUGGCAAACUAGGCACCGUCAACUUCCUCAACGGCGUCAUGGGCCUCGCCAACGCCGAACGCACGCUCGACUACAUCCGCAUCAUCGCCGAAUUCAUCUCCCAGCCCGAAUGGCAGCCCGUCGUGCCCGUGUUCAGCAUCGUGAACGAGGCGCUUCUCCAGACGAUCGGCAAAGACCAGCUCACGACGUUCUACCUGCGCGCGCACGACAUGGUGCGCGGCAUCACGGGAUACGGGGAGGGCCACGGCGCGUACAUCGCGAUCCACGACGGGUUCGUGGGCACCGCGAACUGGACGGGGUUUCUGCAGGGGAGCGAUCGCGUUAUUUUGGAUACGCAUCCGUAUUUUGCGUUUGACGGGGCGCCGAACGAUGCGCCGCUCGCGACGAGUGAGGGGGUGGGCGUGCAGGCGGGCGGGACGUGGCCGCAGACGGCGUGCAGUGCGUGGGCGGCGGGGAUGAAUGAGAGCAGGGCGGGGUUUGGGGUUACGAUUGCGGGCGAGUUUUCGAAUGGGUAUAAUGAGUGUGGGCUGUUUUUGGUGGGCACGGGGGUCGAUACGACGACGAGCGGGGAGUGUGAGCUUUUUGUGGAUUGGCAGAGCUGGAAUCAGAGUAUGAAGGCGGGGUUUAUGGAGUAUACGCUCGCGAGUAUGGAUGCGCUAGGGGAUUAUUUCUUCUGGACGUGGAAGAUCGGCCCCUCCCAAUCUGGCGCCAUCGAGUCCCCACAAUGGUCCUACCAACUCGGCCUCGCCCAAGGCUGGAUGCCCAAAGACCCGCGCACCGCCAUCGGCACCUGCGCAUCGCUCGGCGUCUCCGGGCCCAUCUUCAACGGCACCUUCGCUCCCUGGCAAACCGGCGGCUCUGGCGCAGGCACCAUCGCGCCCUCCUCCGUGUCCUCCUUCGGACAGUACCCGCCGUCGUCGAUCAACGGGCUCACGCUCGGCGCGGUGCAGAGUCUGCUCCCGACGUACACGAGCACGAGCGCGGUGCCCUCGCUCCCUGCGCCGACGAGUCUGCGGACGGACGGCGGGAGCUGGUACGAUAGCAGCGAUACGGGGCUCGCGCCGACGGAGGUGGCGGGGUGCAGUUAUACGUGGGACGCGUGGGACGCGAACAGCGCGACGAUGCCGACUGCGUUGUGUACGGGUGCGGGCGAGGGCGGUGCGGGCGCGAGGAGGGCGCGGGUGACGCCGCCGCCUGCAGAGAGGAGAGGGCGGUGAUUCGGUGCUCGGGCUUUUGAUCCGUCUCUGAGUCUAGUGGCUCCUGGGGCUCGUUGACUCUGGCCCUGUCUUGAUUUCCUGCUUUUCUCAUCUGACGCGGACACGGAGAUGGGUGAUAUACCAUACGGAUGGAUCCUUCACGAGCUCGAUGUUUUCCUUCGUUCUCGUUUCUUGCUAAUAGUGUUUUCGUUCUUUUUCUGACUUACAGGGCAUUCACGAACUUUGUUGCACAAUUUUAUCGCUUUCCCCAUUUUCCU